AUGGCUCUCCUCCGUUUUUCUAAAAACUCAUUAUUUCUCAUUCUCUUCCUUUUACCAGCUCUUCUCUUUCCCAUUACCCAACAAUGCAACCAUCAUCACUUCUCUGCUUUCCUCCACCUAAAGCAUGGUUUUCACUUAACUGCUUUCAGCCUCUCUACUCUCUCCUCAUGGAAUUCAAACAAUACCAAUUGCUGCUCUUGGGAAGGCAUCACGUGCGAUGGACCCACUGGUCACGUGAUCAGCCUCGACCUCAGUGAGCUCCAUAUCUCUGGUCGGAUUGAUUUUGAAAGCCUAUUUCGUCUUCGGAGCCUGCAGAGGCUCAACCUUGCUUACAAUGAGUUUGAUCCCACUCCAAUCCCAUCUGGGUUUGACCAGCUCACCAGUUUGACCCAUCUCAACCUCUCUCAGUUAUCCUUUUAUGGCCAAAUCCCACUGGAAAUCUCCCGCUUGACCGCUUUGGUUUCUCUCGAUCUUUCUUCCAAUAAUUAUUACAACGGUUCUAUAUAUCAACUCCUGAAAAUCGAAAACCCAAGCCUUGGAGCACUCAUCCAAAACCUGCCCAAUCUGAGUGAACUCUAUCUCGACUCGGUAGACAUCUUAGCGCUGGGUAGUGAGUGGGGCCAACCCCUAUUCUUCCGACUCCCUCCUCUCCGCAAGUUGAGCUUACAAGUUUGUGGUCUUUCGGGCUCCAUCUAUUCUUUCCUUUCACAGCUCCAUUUCUUAUCUGAACUCGACCUCAGUGGAAACAAUCUCUCCUAUGCAGUGCCCAGUUUCCCAGUGAGUCUGCGCAAGUUGAUCUUAAUAGAUUGUGGUCUUUCAGGCUCCAUCUAUUCUUCCCUUUCACGGCUCCAUUUCUUAUCUGAACUCGACCUCAGUCGAAACAAUCUCUCCUCUGCAGUCCACAAUUUCAUAGGGAACUUAUCCUCCUUGACGUCCCUACUCCUUACAGAUUGUGGAUUGCAAAGAAAAUUCGCCGACAGUGUUUUCCAGCUGCCAAACCUACAAAUCCUUGACAUGUCGAGGAAUCCCCUUCUGACUAGCUAUUUGCCAGAAUUCCCUCGAAACAAUACUCUACAGAAAUUGAUCUUGUCAGGCACAGGGUUUUCAGGAAAGAUACCAGAUUCAGUCAGUAAUCUCAAAUUCUUGACUCAAUUAGACCUCAGCAAUUGCAACUUGUCUGGUUCAUUACCAUCCUCACUUUCGAACCUUACCAAACUUCAAUACUUGGAUCUUUCACAAAAUAGAUUGAGCGGUCCGAUUCCUUCUUCCUAUGGAAAUGAGCUUCAGAAUCUCAAAGAGAUCAUCUUAUGGAAUAAUUUGCUUAAUGGGACCAUUUCAUCAUCUUUGUUUUCACUCCCAUCAUUACAUACGCUGGACCUCACAGGUAACCAACUUAAUGGUCAACUUGGUGAGUUCCACAAUGCCUCUUCUUCACGGCUGGAGAUCCUCUAUUUGGAUAGCAAUAAAUUGCAUGGGAUGAUACCCGGAUUUAUCUUUCAACUUUCCAAGCUUCAACUACUUUCCCUUUCUUCCAAUAAUUUCAGUGGUGUUGUGGAGCUAUGCUUAUUUCAAAACCUCAAAAAACUUUAUUAUCUGGAUAUUUCAGAUAACAACUUGUCAGUCCAAGAUGGCAUUGCUAAUUCCACAUUUGUUCCCAUCCCCCAGAUUGAAUCUUUGUUGUUACGUUCUUGCAACAUCAGCUCAUUUCCAAAUUUCUUGAGAAAUCAAGAGCGGUUGAGGGAAUUGGACCUUUCCAACAAUAAAAUUAUUGGCGAAAUACCCAAAUGGAUAUGGGAGGUUGGCAAUGGGUCUUUAUACUAUUUAAAUCUUUCUCACAAUGUUCUGCAGAGAAUAGAACCAUCUCCACAUCUUUUGUUGAGUGCCUUUAGCAUUCUUGACUUUAGCUUCAACAUGCUAAAAGGUUCACUUCCAAUACCAUCACCAUCUGUCUUUUUCUUCUCAGUUUCAAACAAUAGCCUCCGUGGAGAAAUCCCUCUAUCAUUUUGCAAUGCAACAUCCCUAGCGGUCUUUGAUUUAUCUCACAAUCACUUCAUUGGUCGGAUUCCAUCAUGUUUGGGUGAGAUUGGUGAUAGCCUUAGUGUGUUGAAUCUUCAAGGAAAUGCUUUCAUUGGCACCUUACUUCAGACAUUUAAAGAGGGAUGUAACAUACAAACGCUUGAUCUUAGUGGGAAUCAAUUAGAGGGCCAAGUGCCACGGUCUUUGGGCAAUUGCAAAAUGUUGGAGGUAUUAAACCUUGGAAACAAUCAAAUAAAUGACACCUUUCCAUCAUGGGUAGAAGCAUUGCCCCUUUUGCGCAUUCUUAUCUUAAAAUCCAACAAAUUUCAUGGCCCAAUUAUACUUCCACAAAUAAAUCAAAGCUUCCCAAUGUUGCAAAUCAUUGACCUCUCUUCUAAUAGUUUUAUGGGUAGUUUGCCAUCAAAUAUGUUUGAGAAUUGGAAGGCAAUGAUAGAUGAGGACAAAUCUCCAUCUUUUCUUCAUAGAACCCUACCUGGACCAAGGGAAAUGGUAUACCAUCAAGACACGGUGAUAGUAAUGAUCAAAGGAGUAGACAGGGAACUCACCAAGAUCCCAUCCAUCUUCACAACAAUUGAUCUCUCAAACAACUAUUUUCAGGGGGAUAUUCCAAAAUCUAUAGGGAUUCUCAAGUCGUUACAUCUACUCAAUAUGUCGUGUAAUGGUUUCACGGGACAAAUUCCAACAUCACUUGAGAAUUUAGCGGUGCUGGAGUCAUUGGAUCUCUCACACAAUAAUAUCUCAGGGGAGAUUCCUUGGCAGCUGACAAAGCUAACAUUCCUCUCGGUAUUAAACCUUUCACAGAACCACCUUGUGGGAAGCAUACCACAAAUUAAACAGUUUUUUACAUUCACAAAUGAAUCAUUCCAAGAAAAUCUAGGAUUAUGCGGACCUCCACUAUCAAAAAAAUGCAAAGAUGCCGAGGGUGCACCAUCAUCCACUCCGUCAGCAUUGCAAUCUGAAAGGAAAUGCAAUUGGGAACUAAUGUGGAUAGGAUUUGGAGUUGGAUAUGGAGUAGGUGUGGGGAUGCUUUUUUGGACUCUAGCACUUUGGAGGAAGGGAAGGAGAGAAUUCUAUAUAUUUGUUGAUAGAAUGCUUUCCUUGAUUUUUCCUUCCAUGGUGUUUUCUAAAUAG